CUCCGAGUCGGUCGCCCAUCACCUCCGUCCCAAGGAAUAUGUCUCUCCCAAGCAUUCUUGUCGCCUACACCUCUGGCGAUGACGCCUGGCAGAUCCAGAGCCCCUGUCUCCCUCUCAAUGUGCUCGCCGCCUCCAUCGGCCAUCGUCUCUCCCAACACGAGAUACAAGGUCGCCUCGACACUCUGACGCAGAGCCUUCUCGCCAAGCGAAACAGCCCCAUCUUGGCCGUUAUAUGUCUCGGUGUGGCGUGCGUCUUUGGCGGGUUCGCUUGGCUGUUCACCACCGGCGGUACCUUUGGAAGCUCCUUGUCGCAGCCUAUUUUAUUGCUCGUGGUACCUGGCAUCAUCGUGGCAAUGUUGGCGGCUGCCCUUCGCGAAUUCCUCUUUUCUCAAGAUAUUCAGAAGAUUGACGACCAGCUCCCGGAGAUCCUGCAGAAGCUGAACCAAGCCGAUCUUCCCAAGGGUCUCCUGUGGGACCGGCACUCGACCAACGAGCUCAUCCAGGAGCGAUACCGGAACGGCCACCAAGUCAGCUCCAAGGUUACCAAGAAGACCUGGGUCGUUUCUCUCACCGUCCUGGACUAGACUGGGUCGUGUCUCGAACACCCCCCCAAGAGCCAAUGACCUCAUGCCUGGAUAAUCUUCCCGGACAAUGGUGGGCCAAUCCACUGUCCUGAUCAUAAUACAACUAUAU